UGAUCGAGUUCGUUUUGCAUAGCCCGGUGCCCCGGAUAAACAGGGUUGACUCAUUUUAGACCAUUCCAUUGGUCCUGAAUAAAAAUCUCCACACAUCCGGAGCACCGGGCUAUGAAAAACUAAUCCGACCACUUCUUCGCUGUCUAAAAAGUGUACAGUUUGGUAAUGUAACGUUAUCGAGUUAAAUUCAUAUGUGCUUUCGGUUUAUAACUUCUUUUUUUAACUAGAAGCCCUGCGACACGGAGACAAACUAACGCAACAUGCAUGAAGAUUGAAACAGACUUGCAUCGUAGUUGCAGGACAAGCCGCAGCUUCUGAGCGGGGUAGAUGCAGGGAGGGAGGGAGUAAAAAAGUCUUUGUGCUUCCCCUCCCCCUCAUCAAAGCAAAGGGGGAAAUGUCUCUUUCGAAAGGAGGAAAGAAGAAGAACCCAGGCCUCAAGCUCUCCAAAGAGGUCUUUGAUCAGCCCCCACCUGCAGCCGCAGCCCCCCCUCGAGAUCUGGAUUCCAAAGCCUGUGUUACCAUUGGAGAAAAGAACUUUGUUAUGAAGGCAGAUGACUUGGAGCAGAUUGGGGAGCUGGGUAGAGGAGCGUAUGGCGUGGUGGACAAGAUGAGACAUGUGCCCAGUGGGCUUAUCAUGGCUGUCAAGAGGAUCCGGGCCACAGUGAACACCCUGGAGCAGAAGAGACUGCUGAUGGACCUGGACAUCUCCAUGAGGACCGUGGACUGCUUCUUCACGGUCACCUUCUACGGCGCUCUCUUCAGAGAGGGAGACGUGUGGAUCUGCAUGGAGCUGAUGGACACGUCUCUGGAUAAGUUCUACAAGCAGGUGAUCGAUAAAGGCAUGACCAUCCCUGAAGACAUCCUGGGGAAGAUCACUGUAGCGAUCGUCAAGGCUCUGGAGCAUCUGCAUAACAAACUGUCAGUGAUACACCGAGAUGUGAAGCCGUCCAACGUGCUGAUCAACACACAGGGCCAGGUGAAGAUGUGUGACUUCGGCAUCAGCGGCCACCUGGUGGACUCUGUGGCCAAGACCAUGGACGCCGGCUGCAAGCCCUACAUGGCGCCGGAACGGAUAAACCCCGACCUCAACCAGAAAGGCUACAGCGUUAAGUCAGACAUCUGGAGUCUAGGAAUCACAAUGAUUGAGCUGGCCAUUCUGAAGUUUCCCUAUGACUCGUGGGGUACACCCUUCCAGCAGCUGAAGCAGGUAGUGGAUGAGCCCUCUCCACAGCUGCCCUCGGACCGCUUCUCCCCUGAGUUUGUGGACUUCAGCUCCCAGUGCUUAAGAAAGAAACCCAACGAGAGACCCGCCUACACAGAACUAAUGCAACACCCCUUUUUCACCCUGCAUGACUCCAAAGAGACGGACGUAGCCAGCUUUGUCAAGAUCAUCCUGGCAGACUGACAGGCCCCUCCACCCACCAGGGUAGGAGGUAGGCGGGACUUCUCCACCCACCCACCAAUCCAAGGCCUUUCAGAAAGCUGACUGGAAUUGAUCUGCCACACAACUCCAACUUUCUUUCCCCAAAGACUGACGACAGCUCACAGAGGCCACGUGGGAAAGCGCUUGUAAUAUGAACUCAAGAUGUUGAUGGUGUCCACCCAAACUGGAGAUGGUCAACUCGCCCACGGGUCCAACAAACCUUUCCCCUCCCUCUACUCCUACAAACUGAACUGAUUCAAACUCCUCACUGUACCAGUUUUCUGAUUGGACAGUGUCUGUCAGCAGGAAGAAAAUCUCUCUUUACACAUACUGUAUGUCCAUCACUCUGAAUUACACAGAAAGCCAAAAAGAAUUGGGUGAAAUGUGUACAUCUCUGUAUAAUGAAUUGAAAAGAUAUAUAUUUUUCAUUUAUGCAUUUUAUUUUUCCUGAUACAGUUUGUAAUACUGUAUAUUUUCAUCAAAUAUGAAUUUAAGGGUGUGUCUUUACUCUUUCUGAAUGGUAUCAUGAGGGGAAGAGGUGACCUACAUUUCUCUUUUCGCCUUCUGGUGAUUGGUCAGUAAUGGGACGGCAGCUGCUGUCGUCGGGCAGUGUUUUGGGAGGCUCUGGAGGGGUCAGACUCACUAAGUUUCUUUGUAGAGGGAAGUUCAAAGGUGAAAGCGUGACUGGGGGGCCCUGUACAAAAGGAAUUGCAAGUCCUACCUAGGUCUCUUUGGUGGCAUGGGAAUGCAAUGCUGACCCUAUUAUACAACCCCCUCACCCAUCUGUAUAUGCCCCUCUGCCCUGCCCCUUCCUAACCAUCUGUAUACGCCCCUCUGCCCCGCCUCUUCCUAACCAUCUGUAUAUGCCCCUCUGCCCCGCCCCUUCCUAACCAUCUGUAUACGCCCCUCUGCCCCGCCCCUUUCCUAACCAUCGGCUCUGUCACCAAGAGUGCUGUAAAGAGUAUGUAAACAGUGUAUUCUCAUAUAGUACAUGGACUUGUAAUUGGGGGAAUGAUAAUGUAACUUCAGACUGCUGUAUUUAUCUUCCAGUCCCUCCGAGCCGUUUUAAAAGCUGUCUUUUCAUUAUUAAUUGUGACUAUUAUCACUUGGUUUCCUAGAUGUGGUUGGGGGCUGCUGUUUGACCCAUUUUAACUUUUUAAAUUUAAAAUUUUUCUCAAUUUCCUUUUCCCGAGUGGCGGACAGGAGCAUGUCAGUAUGGUGUUUCGUCCCUGAAGCACAGAGAGGUCUACGGAGCCUCAUGCCUUACACGGACAGUAUGUCAGGGAACAUCAUUUAUGUGUGUUGAAGAUGUAAAUACUAUUUUGGACAACUUUUUUUCUCUUUUUAAAUGUAACGUUGGCAACGUGGCGGCAGAGAGGACGUGUAGUCGUGUGCUACACGGCUGAUUUGAUGUGUUCUCGUUGGUUUUAACGCAGUCGGUGUGUGAGAGAGGCAAACGCAGCCUGCUGACUCCUCCUGUAAUCAUCUGUUUGAUUGAUCUGCUGCAGCCACCUCUCAGGUUUCAAUGCCCUGCUUUAAGUCAGCGGAGGCGGCCAUGUUUAUUUCCCCACCAUGUUGUACCUCUCUCCGGCGCUGGGUUGUGUUCAUUAGGCACCAAACGGAAGAAAACAAACCGUGAGGAACUACCUGGACUUGGUCCGAAUAAGAAACGCUAAUGUUCGGUUCCACGUUGCAAAAUGUUAAAAGCUUCCCGUUGCAUGCCCCAAUGAACGCAACCCAUUAUGGUGGAAGACUACUUAUGUGUGAGAUCAUGCUAGGCUGUGAAUGGGUACCUGCCAUCUAGGCUUGAAUCCCAAAUCGACCCCACCCAAUCCCUAGACAAUCAUCUAGGUCUGAGACCGAUUUGGAGGUAUGAGCACUAUAACAAGGUGAAGUAAUCACCAUAUUGGUUACAGUUACCACUCCAUACUUUCUAGAAGUGCCCUGGGGAGUAGGGAGGCUCUGGGUUGAUCUGGAACUCAACCCGCUGGACUCUGCUAUGCAGUGGCCCUCAGGUCUUCCAUCAGGACUAUGAGAAUCCUGCCAUGUGACCGCCAGUGGUGGUGGUGGCACUUGCCCUUAGUGUUUUUAGGGUGCGCCCAAAAGGAUGCCCUAUUUCCUGUCUCUUCUUUCUAGGGAACCGGGUGCCAUUUCAGACGCAGCCCUGGUCUGUAACUGGUAAGCCUACCCGGUCUUCUCUCAGCCUCUCUGACGUACAUUGUAGUGGGCUUCUUAUCAAAGUUGGUGGAUGAGGAGUAUUUAUAAUAUGUGAGUAAAGAAGGGAAAGCAAAUAAAGAGCUGCUGUGAUUUGA